AUGAGCUAUUUGGUUGGUAUAGAAGGAUUGGUAAGCCAGUUUGUGGAGGCCAAGGCAGUUAGGCUACUCAAGGCACGAAGUAGAGACGUUAAUGGAAGUUCCAGUCCCAUUUUUAUUCUUAUUUCAGGUCCGCAGGGUUCUGGUAAGACUUAUAAUGCUACAAAGCUUUGUGAGCAGUUGAGGGGCAAGUUCAGAACUGUUGGGCUUUCGAUCGAUGAUUUUUAUUUGCCAUACAAUGCGCAGCAGGAAGUGAAUAAACGGUUUAAGGACAACCCGUUGCUCCAGGGGCGUGGGAUGCCUGGAACUCAUGAUUUGAAGUUGCUCAAGGGGGUUAUUAGUCGGUUGGUUCAGAACGAAGGGAUAGUAAAGCUUCCGAGAUAUGACAAGUCGAAGUAUGCUGGGAAGGGCGAUCGUUUGCAGGUUACUCUGGAUGUCAAACUACCGGUAGACUUUGUAAUAUUGGAAGGGUGGUUUUUAGGGUUUCAACCAGUUCCCCAAGAAGAACUACCCAAGUACAGUGAUUUCUGUUCAGCUUUGGCUCUACAGCAAGUGAAUGAAUAUUUGAAAGCUUAUUCUGAUGCAAUAUGGCGUAAUAAGCAGCUAGUCACCCUUGGUGUGGUUUUCGCUACAGAUGACAUGCAGAACGUGUAUAGAUGGAGGUUACAACAGGAACACGAACUCAUUAAAGUGCAGGGCACUGGGAUGUCAGAUGCAGAGGUGGUCAGUUUCUUGGACCGGUACUUUGUUGGUUAUAGGGUUUAUUACGAACGAUUAGUCAGCGAUCAGUCUCUAGGCAACACCAAUAACAUUACGAUCGGACUAGAUCUGCAACGAACAAUUACUUAUGUGAGCGAAAAGUAA